ACAGUCUGUGUGCAUGCACGACAAUAAUCUGUUCCUGUCGGGAAGAAGACAUGGUUGCGCUCGCAGAUCCUACGGCAGUCAAGGUCUACACCGUCAAUGGCGCAGCUUCGGGAUCCUCUUCUUCACUACCAGACUGGCUCACUCGAAAACGCGCCGUGCAAGGGAAGGGAAAGCGUAGCGCCAUUCGAGAGCAGGUCGAGUCGACGAUCGAACUCAUUCAGCACUUCGAGUUCCCCGAGGCGAGCAACCGAGUAAAGACGACCAGGGACGGACACCAUGUUAUUGCGACUGGGACAUACAAGCCUCAGAUACGAGUGUGGGACCUUGACCAGCUAUCGCUCAAGUUCGAGCGGCAUACUGACGCGGAGAAUGUUGACUUCGUUAUGCUGUCGGAUGACUGGACCAAGAGUAUACACCUUCAAAACGAUCGCUCUGUAGAGCUGCACACACAAGGCGGUUUCCACUACCGCACACGGAUACCUCGCUUUGGGCGGGCACUCGCGUACCACCUCCCCUCGUGUGACGCUCUGUUUGCAGCCUCUGGUCCAGAGAUCUUCCGUCUAAAUCUAGACCAGGGCCGGUUCAUGAACCCUCUGCUGCUGCAAGGCGAAGGUGGCGAGACGAUCGCAGGUGUGAAUGUCAUCGACAUCAACCCAGCACACCAGCUAUUCGGCUUCGGUGUGGAGGGGAACGGCACCGUAGAAUUCUGGGACCCCCGCUCGAGGGCACGAGUGGGUAUCCUCAGACUACCAAAGGACAGGCUGCUGCCAGUAGGCGCGGCAAUGCCUGCGCUACCGGGCGUAGACGAUGGCGGAGCUCAGUCACUCUCAGUAACUGCCAUCUCGUCACGGCAAGAUGGACUGUCCUACGCGAUUGGUACGUCAUCCGGACACACUAUGCUCUACGACAUACGUUCCGCUCGGCCGUUGGCCAUCAAAGACCAAGGUUAUGGUCUCCCGGUCAAGAACGUGGCAUGGAUAGAGGGUGGCAGCCGUAUGGCAGGUGACGGACUGGUGUUGAGUGCGGACAAGAAGGUCAUCAAGAUCUGGGACAGGAAUUCGCCGGAGACCAACUUCACCUCGAUAACACCCGCUGCGGACAUCAACGACGUCCAUCACAUACCCAACAGCGGUCUGCUGCUCCUCGCCAACGAAGGCAUCCAAAUGACGACGUACUUCAUCCCUCAACUCGGACCCGCCCCGCGCUGGGCGAGCUUCCUCGAGAACCUCACCGAAGAAAUGGAAGACCAGACGAUGCGCACCGCCUACAAGGACUACAAGUUCAUCACGCGGGACGAGCUUACGAGCCUCGGACUCGACCACCUUGCCGGUACGCCCGCGCUGAAGCCGUACAUGCACGGCUACUUCGUCUCGCUCGCGCUCUAUGACACCGCGCGCGUCAUCGCGAACCCGUACGUGUACGCGGAGCACCGCGAACGCGCUGUCCGUGAGAAGAUGGAGAAGCUCGCGGAGAGCAGGAUCCGCGCGCCGAAGAACGCGCUGGCGGGCGUGAAGGUGAACAAGGCUCUCGCGGAGAAAAUUAGGAAGGAGGAGGAGCGGGCGAGGAAGAGGGAGGAGAGGAAGCAGGCGAAGAAGGCGUCGCAGGCAGAGGGGGUGGCAGAUGUGAUGGACGUGGAUGAGGAAGGCAGUGAGGUGGAGGACAAAGGUGCCAAGGAGAAGCCGAGUCUUCUCAACGAUCCGCGUUUCGCAGCCCUCUUCAAGAAUCCUGAGUUCGAGGUGGACGAGAACACCCGAGAAUACGCACUACUCAACCCCUCAGCGGCUGCACAACGGCAGGGUCGUGGGGUUGCAGGGAAGAGCGGAAGGACGAAGACAGCAGUUGAGCAGGAAGAAGAGGAGAGCGACAAAGGUUCGUCAGACGGGCUCAGUGAGAGCGAGGAAAGUCAGAGUGGGAGCGAGGAGAGUCAGGACAGUGACGUCGCUGGAGAGCUCUGGACAGACGACAUCCGCGCCCGCUUGGCCGCCCGCAACUCGGCACGUUCGCAGUACCGCUCACGAGCACAGCCGCGCCAACCAAAAGUCAACCUUGUCCCCUUACAUGCACAAGCAUCGGGAGCAAGUCGUUCCGCGGACAGAAAUGCCACCUUCGGUCAGCGCCGUUCCGGCCCUUCUGUCGCUGGAAAGGGCAAGACGCGGGUGGACACCGCAGAUGUACAUCAAACAGGUGACGGUGGCAUGGAAACGUCAUUUGUGCCGCGGUCAUCUGGUGCGUACGACUCUGACGAAGACAUGGAUGGUUCGAGCCGCGCAACUGCGAAGGGUGCCAAAGGGGGGAAGGAUGCGAAGAGGAAGGGGGUGGAGUCUUUCGGCGCUGGCAUGGAACGAGGCGGCGAAGACCCGGAUCGCGAGCUGAGUGAGAGCGAACGGCGGGGAAGGACUCAACGGCGGAAGGGCAUGCGGAGUGGGAGCAAGAACACGUUCAGAAGGCAAUGAUUGAGUACCCCCUUAUCAUGUACAUUGCCGUGGCAGUAUCCCACAGGUCCUCUGGACUCGCGCAGGUGGCGAUAAUUCUCGGAUCCAGGGUUGUCAGACAGAAUAACUGCUUUUGCAUGAUCGCUACCAGCCAUCAGAGGUAUCCUGAUGGCGUGACUCAAUUUGAUGCUAGAGCACUUGAAUUAGAUGUUGCUAGGCAUCGCUGCCAAC